AGAGAGUGGUUAGAGAGGCAGCAGAGGAGGUGGCGUCAGAGAUGCCCACGCUUGAGGCCACGCCACAGAGUUCUAAUGGUCCUGAAAUAUUGAUAGCCACAAACAAGGCAGAACUUACACCAGUAGAUAUAUUAAUGGAUCCUGAAUGCUACGAGCACCACAGGGAGACAAGCGACUUCCCGAUUUCUUCCACGGAAAACUGCGAGCCUCAAGCAGAGUCACCACAAGCCACAGGCAGCCUUACACAAGAACCACUUGAGGUAGCGACCACCACACACGCAGCAGCACCAGUGAUUGAAGCGGCUUUCUCGGCAGUAGAAGAAGCAGCGUCUAUAACAGUAACAACAGCAGCGGAAGAGGCAGCACAUAUGAUAACAGAAGUAACUUCCACGCCAGCGACGGAAGUAAACAAUAGUCAUCCUGCUGUUUUACGUCAAUUAUCUAAGUCCAAGAGAAAUGUAGACCGUAAAUCUCGCAGGAGGCGGCGUAAGAGGCUAAAAGGAGCAUUCAGAUUAGUAGCAAAGGACUAUGACCACAUCUGUACCAUAAUCAUGAACAUGUGUGACUUCAUCAUCGAGCACAGCCCCAGGAAGGAGGCACUCAAUGCGGUGCGGGUCGCCUCGCGAAUCCUUGGUUACAGUGUAAGUGACACCUCCGAGUCCUCUCACUCUCACGACUUGUCGUCAGAUGAGGAGGAAGAGCGAAAUAGUAUUGGAAACGAUGAAGUUCUAGAACCUCUGGUAGACGAAUGGGGGGCAGUGCUCAUGAGAGAAGGGAGCGGUGACCAUGUGGUUGGCAUAGAACAUGACGGAGAAGAGGUGAAGCUUACAGAUGUCUCAGAAUUUGAAACAAAUACUUUUGAAGAUUCCCUCUCUCCUGUGACUCUGAUCAUCCCUGAAGUGGUGGUGGUGCCGCAGGAGGACGAGCUGGCAGAGAGAGUCUCUGAUGACAACGGCAGCCAGCUACUACCCGAGUUAGACCAAGAUUCCUGUAUCAUGAACUACUUGCAUACCAUCGACGAAGUGACGGAGCCCAACUCAAUGGUUGAAGACAUCACCGAAGAACUACAGAAGAGAUACGAGGAUUAUUUUGAUACAGAAGACAAAACUUCAUGUCAAGGUGACGUCUCUGAUGGUGAUGAUGGCGAGGAAUGGGAGGCAGCGGCGAGCACGGCGGAAGGUCUGGUCUCAAGGUGGCCGGGAGAUUUGGAUAUUACGGAUGAAUCAAAUAAAGGACUCCAGCCACUGCAAGACGUCUUCAUGCUGCUUCAGCCUCUGGAGGGUAACAAUGACCUUGAAGCUGCAGAAGACGAAAAUAAAUAUGACAAUCCGCAGAUCAUAGACAGCUCACAAUUUAGCACUGAAGUCCCCACGCGCAAAAAUCAGUUAUGGUCACUGCAAGAUUCACAAGAAAAAAUGGAGGAAGCCUCACCUGCAGGUCUUCUUGCACAGAUCACUGAGCCGCAGCAGGUAACCAAUAGCACUCUGAAGACUGAAGGCGAACCUACAUAUUUAUCACAAGAAUCUGUACAAUUAACAGGAGAGUAUGAAGAGCUGAUAGAAGAACAUACACAGACAACAGACGAACCCGAACAGAUAACAGGACAAGAAACCGAACAGAUAACAGAAAAAGAAUCUGAGGAGGUGAUAAAGCAACAUGAACAGAUGAUAGAACCUGAACAUGUAACAGAGGAAUCUGAACAUGUUAUACAAAAACUUGAAGAAUUAACCGAGGAGCCUGAUCAAAUAACAGAUGAACCAGAACAGAUAAGAAAAGAACCUGUACAGGUAACAGAAGAACCUGUACAAGUAACAGAAGAACCUGUACAGGUAAUAGAAGAACCUGUACAAGUAACAGGAGAACCUGUACAAGUAACAGAAAAACCUGUACAGGUAACAGAAGAACCUGUACAAGUAACAGAAAAACCUGUACAGGUAACAGAAGAACCUGUACAAGUAACAGAAGAACCUGUACAGGUAACAGAAGAACCUGUACAGGUAACAGAAGAACCUGUACAAGUAACAGAAGAACCUGUACAGGUAACAGAAGAACCUGUACAGGUAACAGAAGAACCUGUACAGGUAACAGAAGAACCUGUACAGGUAACAGAAGAACCUGUACAGGUAACAGAAGAACCUGUACAGGUAACAGAAGAACCUGUACAAGUAACAGAAGAACCUGUACAGGUAACAGAAGAACCUGUACAUGUAACAGAAGAACCUGUACAAGUAACAGAAGAACCUGUACAGGUAACAGAAGAACCUGUACAGGUAACAGAAGAACCUGUACAGGUAACAGAAGAACCUGUACAGGUAACAGAAGAACCUGUACAAGUAACAGAAGAACCUGUACAGGUAACAGAAGAACCUGUACAGGUAACAGAAGAACCUGUACAGGUAACAGAAGAACCUGUACAGGUAACAGAAGAACCUGUACAAGUAACAGAAGAACCUGUACAAGUAACAGAAGAACCUGUACAAGUAACAGAAGAACCUGUACAAGUAACAGAAGAACCUGUACAAAUAACAGAAGAACCUGUACAGGUAACAGAAGAACCUGUACAAGUAACAGAAGAACCUGUACAGGUAACAGAAGAACCUGUACAGGUAACAGAAGAACCUGUACAAGUAACAGAAGAACCUGUACAGGUAACAGAAGAACUUGAACAGUCAUUAGAAGAACCGGCACAGGUAACAGAUGUUGAACAGGUGGCAGAAGAGCCUCAACAGGUAAAAGAUGAACAUGGACUGUUAACAGAACUUGAACUGGUUAUAGAGGAAACUGAACACCGAAUAGAUAAACCUGAACACUUAACGGAAGCAGAAGAAGUAGCAGAAGAAUGUGAACAUAUAACAGACAAGGAAUCCCAACAAAUAACAGAACCAGGGGAUAUAAUAGAAGAACUGUUUGAACAAAUAACGGAAUCAGAACAUGAACAAAUGAUUGAAGAACAGUUUAGGCAGAUCGUAGAACAAACGACGGAACACAUAACGCAAGAAUUCACAGGAAUAACGAAUGAGUCACAUGCAACACAACGACUACAAAACAUUACUGUAGAAUUACCCAAUUCAAUAACUUCACUACAAAAGACAAAUUUACCACAAACAAUGGAACUUCAGCAAGCCCCAGACACUGUGGAUAGUGUGCCUCAGCGUGAAGCAUUGGCACAGACAAAAGAACUGCCGGAUGCCAUUGCUGAGCUGCAGCAACUGGUCUUGCAUUCUUCACAUCUAGAGCAUAGUGGAGUCCUUAAGAGUUCUUUUGAAUCUCCAUCUGAGAAGAACGUUGCCAUCUUCGCAGCAGGGUUCUCGAGUAACAAUAGUGCACAGGACGCAGGGAUGGAUAAGAUUAGGCCUCAAAGAAGUCUCGCUAUACAAGAGAAAUGCCUCAUACUUAAAGAUCUCCUCAAAUUUUCCGAAGAGCAGACCUCACUAACGUCUCUCGAUUCACCCAAGGAGGAGAUAUCAGGGAAUGGCGCUUCUUUACCUGCCACCAGAAGUCAUAUCACUACAGAAGAGAUGCCAUUCUCGUCUUUGGAGGAGAAACUUCCACCAGAGAUCUCGACUCUUGCUUCACCUGAACCACAGCGCAUCGUCAAGGGUUCGGUCUCAAAGUUUAGGACGUUAUUUGAAUCGAAGUCUAUAAAUGAAAUAUCAUUCCUGCAGAGAGAAGAGACGCCUGCUCGCAGUAAAGGUGGCUCCUGCAGGGAAGUGUCUCAGAGGGAAAAUACUGAACAACCUGUAGCUUUGAAUGACAACCAGAAAGCUCAUGUUACUGAAGAUUCUACCAAUGAAACAGAGGAAGAAGGGGAGAGUCGCAGUGGGAGAGAGAAACCUAAGGCUGUCAUUGGAGAUUUGCCCAGGAUAUCCCCUGACAUGGAUGUUCUAAAUCAGUUUCGAGUUGACGCAAAGUCUGGCAGCUCAGGCGAAAACGUACCUUGUGACACGGUGACGCAAGAAGUCAAAGAAGAUGAAGACAAAGGCAAAAUACGUCCCGCCAUUUCCAAAGGAAAGAAUAUGUAUAUCUCGAUGCAGAAGUCCUUGCAAGAUAAAAUAAAAAUGACUACCAGAAGUGACCGUAUUCCCUACAGCACCUACGUGCGGCCUGCCAUGAUUGUGCUAGAAACUGAGCGGCGGGUGUCGCGGCUUAGGUCAGUCUUUGAACAACCUUGCACCACCUCCACCAAGAGAUUCCUUCCUCACAAAACAACACGGUACAUUGUCAGCGGUAGUCCGAUAUCCUCACCACCUCUUGAUAGGAAGAAUGAUUUUCCCCAGGCACAUUGUGAAGAGAAAGAAGAAAUGUUUAAUAAGUUAAGGGAUACACACCCUUCAAUGUCUGAAGAUGACAUCAAGCAGCAAAAAGACACCGCAGAGACCCUCAAAUAUUUUGUAUCACAUGAGGAACAUGAUAAUGUGAAACAGCUCCAAGCUGAAACAAGUGAUGGAGCUCAGUUUAAAUCAGAGGUGGAUCAGGGAAGUGAGAUUUCUAUUUCACUUGAAUUUGUCUUAGAAACACAAAAAGAAGAUAAUGGAGUCUCAACAUCUUAUCGACAAGAUCAAACUGUGCAGAAUCUGCAGCCCGUGGAAGGAGAGCUUCAGAAGAAAUCCUACAAGCUUGUGGCUGCUCUGGAGACCAUGGAGAAAGAUAUCAAAGAGAUGCAAGAGUCGGUGGAACGUCUCAAUCGACACUAUCCGAUUAUCCCCCCUGACGACGUGGACCUCCCCCACAACCUUCAAAAGCCACCUCGCCAUGGCAAGAUUGUUGCUUCAUCACUUGAAGAAGAGAAACUAACAGGAAUAGAAUCUCUUAUCUGUCUGUCUGAAUCAAAAGAAUACCGGCAAGAAGCAGAAGCUUAUAAAAAAAUCCAAGAACAGAAAGAAUAUGUUGAAUAUGUAGCAGAACCUGUUAUACAGAAGAAUGAACCUGUGGAGCAGCUACAGAAAUAUGGGGAACAUUUACAACAAGCUUGUGAACGUCAGCAAAAACCACAAGCGCUGAUGAGAGAAUUGCAGGAACCAGAAAACAAUGAACUACUGCAAGAAUCACAAAUAAGUAUCGAAGAGCUUCAAAAAUACGAUGGGCCAUUGCAUGAAUCAGAAGUCAAUAAGCAGUUGAAAGUACCAGAAGAAAAGCUGCACGAAUCAGCAGAUGUUAUAGAAAAACUACAGAAAAAGAAAGAAUCUGUUGAACAGCUGCAAGAACAGGAAGAACCUGUUGAACAGCUGCAUGAACAGCAAGAACCUUUAAAACCACUGCAGGAACAGGAAGAACCUGUUGAACACCUUCAAGAACAAAGAGAACCUUUAAAACAGCACCAGGAACAGAAAGAACUUGUUGAACAGCUUCAAGAACAAAGAGAGCCUGUUGAACAGCUGCAGAAACAGGAAGAACUUGCUUAUCAGCUGCAGGAACAGGAAGAACCUGUUGAACAGCUGCAGGAACAGGAAGAACAUGAUGGAGAGCUGCAGCGACAAGAAGAACCCCUAGAACCUGAAAAAUCUUUAGAACAGUUGCAGAAACAGGAAGAACCUGUUGAACAACUGCAGGAACUAGAAGAACGUGUUGAUAAGCUGCAGAAACAGGACGAACUUGUUAAACAGCUGCAGGAACAUGAGGGAUCUGUUGAACAGCUGCAGGAACUAGAAGAACUUGUUGACAAGCUGCAGGAACAGGAAGACCUUGUUGAACAGCUGCAGGAAGGGGAUGAACAUUUAGAGCAGCUGCAGGAAUCAAAAGAACCUGUUGAACACCUGCAGAAAUGGGAAGAAUCUGUUGAACAGCUGCAGGAACAGGAAGAACCCGUUGCACAGUUGCAGAAACAGGAAGAACAUGUUGAACAGCUGCAGGAACAGGAAGAACAUAUUGAACAGCUGCAGGAAGAGGAAAAACCUGUUGAACAGCUGCAAGAACAUGAAAAACCUGUUGAACAGCUGCAGAAACAGGAAGAACAUGUUGAACAGCUGCAGGAACAGGAAGAACAUGUUGAACAGCUGCAGGAAGAGAAAGAACCUGUUGAACAGCUGCAAGAACAUGAAAAACCUGUUGAACAGCUGCAAGAACAUGAAAAACCUGUUGAACAGCUGCAAGAACAUGAAAAACCUGUUGAACAGCUGCAGAAACAGGAAGAACCUGUUGAACAGCUGCAAGAACAUGAAAAACCUAUUGAACAGCUGCAGAAACAGGAAGAACAUGUUGAACAGCUGCAGGAAGAGGAAGAACCUGUUGAACAGCUGCAAAAACAUGAAAAACCUGUUGAACAGCUGCAGAAACAGGAAGAACAUGUUGAACAGCUGCAGGAACAGGAAGAACCUGUUGAACAGCUGCAAGAACAUGAAAAACCUGUUGAACAGCUGCAGGAACAGGAAAAACUAGUUGAACAGCUGCAGGAACAGGAAGAACUUGUUGAACAGCUGCAGGAAAAGAAAGAACCUGUUGAACAGCUGCAAGAACAUGAAAAACCUAUUGAACAGCUGCAGAAACAGGAAGAACAUGUUGAACAGCUGCAGGAAGAGGAAGAACCUGUUGAACAGCUGCAAGAACAUGAAAAACCUGUUGAACAGCUGCAGGAACAGGAAAAACUAGUUGAACAGCUGCAGGAACAGGAAGAACAUGUUGAACAGCUGCAGGAAGAGGAAGAACCUGUUGAACAGCUGCAAGAACAUGAAAAACCUGUUGAACAGCUGCAGAAACAGGAAGAACAUGUUGAACAGCUGCAGGAACAGGAAGAACCUGUUGAACAACUGCAAGAACAUGAAAAACCUGUCGAACAGCUGCAGGAACAGGAAAAACUAGUUGAACAGCUGCAGGAACAGGAAGAACUUGUUGAACAGCUGCAGGAAAAGGAAGAACCUGUUGAACAGCUGUAUGAAUGGGAAGAAACUGUUGAACAGUUGGAGGAACAGAAAAAACCUGUUGAACAGCUGCAGGAACAGGAAGAACCUGUUGAACAGCUGCAAGAGCAUGAAAAACCUGUUGAACAGCUGCAGGAACAGGAAGAACUUGUUGAAAAGCUGCAAGAACAUGAAAAACCAGUCGAACAGCUGCAGGAACAGGAAGAACCUGUUGAACAGCUGCAAGAGCAUGAAAAACCUGUUGAACAGCUGCAGGAACAGGAAGAACCUGUUGAACAGUUGCAGAAGCAGGAAGAACCUGUUGAACAGCUGCAGGAACAGGAAGAACCUGUUGAACAGCUGCAGAAGCAGGAAGAACCUGUUGAACAGCUGCAGGAACAGGAAGAACCUGUUGAACAGCUGCAGAAGCAGGAAGAACCUGUUGAACAGCUGCAGGAACAGGAAGAACCUGUUGAACAGCUGCAGAAGCAGGAAGAACCUGUUGAACAGCUGCAGGAACAGGAAGAACCUGUUGAACAGCUGCAGAAGCAGGAAGAACCUGUUGAACAGCUGCAGAAGCAGGAAGAACCUGUUGAACAACUACAAGAACAGGAGGAACAUGUUGAAGAGCUGCAGGAACAGAAAGAACAGCUGCGGAAACAAAAAGAACCUGUUGAACAACGGCAAGAACCAGAGGAAUGUUUUGAACAGCCUCAAGAAUCAGAAGGAAUCAUGGAAUGUCCGAGAGAACAAGAUAUUACUGAACCCUCACUAGAAUUAAUGUUGAAAGUAACUCAAAACAUAGUUGAUAUAACAGCUUUGGAGUUGAGACAGCAUAGUGAAGAUUUAUCUGAGAAAGUUGCGGCCUCUAUAGAAUAUGAUUUACCCCAGCAAAGCUUGACAGAAGACUCAGACAAUGAUGAGGACUCCCGACCAGUUUUUGAGGACGCUCUAGAGGACCUGACGGAGAGCAAAGACACAAAUCAUAACAGCCGACCUAAAGGACAUCGCACAGCAUUAACGAAACUUGGAGCCUCUGUAUUCUACAGCAUGGACGAUGACUCCCUUUCUUGGUCAGAGAAUCUUAGGAAAGAGGGAACGUCAGAAAUCGUUACUGAAAUGUACGAAUGUCCGAAAUAUACAAAAGAACCAUGCAUAUUUUCUGAAGAAUCAAUUGAAGAUAUGAUGACAAUUGAGAAACUAACACAGCAAGAGACUAACUUUCAGACUUCAAGAACUCCGAAGAUGGGAAAACCAAUGCUUUCGUUACACUCUCCCACAGACCCACAAAUUUCUUCGGACAGUAUAACAGAAUCACAGAAUCUUGAAAGUUUAGUAAAUACAGAGAUACCAUUAAAUCCUAUACAAGUAUCAGAGACAUCAACAAACCUUCUUGGAGAACAAGAAACACCAAAAGACCUUCUUGGAGAACCACAGAUGUCAACAGACCUUAGAGAACCAGAGACAUCAACAGACCUCCUUGAAGAAAAACAGACACCAACAGACCUUAUUGGAAAACCAGAGACAAAAACAGACCUUCUUGGAGAACCAGAGACCAAAACAGACCUUCUGGGAGAACCAGAGACACCAACAGACCUUCUGGGAGAAUCAGAGACAAAAACAGACCUUCUGGGAGAACCAGAGACACCAACAGACCUUCUGGAACAACCAAAGACACCAACAGACCUUCUGGGAGAACCAGAGACAAAAACAGACCUUCUUGAAGAACCAGAGACACCAACAGACCUUCUUGAAGAACCAGAGACACCAACAGACCUUCUGGGAGAACCAGAGACACCAACAGACCUUCUUCUGGAACAACCAGAGACACCAACAGACCUUCUGGAAGAACCAGAGACAAAAACAGACCUUCUUGAAGAACCAGAGACACCAACAGACCUUCUGGGAGAACCAGAGACACCAACAGACCUUCUUCUGGAACAACCAGAGACACCAACAGACCUUCUGGGAGAACCAGAGACAAAAACAGACCUUCUGGGAGAACCAGAGACAUCAACAGACCUUCUGGAACAACCAAAGACACCAACAGACAUUCUGGAAGAACCAAAGACAUCAACAGACCUUCUGAGAGAACUAGAGACAAAAACAGACCUUUUGGGAGAACCAGAGACAUCAAAAGACCUCCUUGAAGAAAAUGAGACACCAACAUGUCUUUUGGGAGAACCUGUGGAGACAACAUACCUUCUUGGAGGAGCAGAGACACCAACAGACCUUCUGGGAGAACCAGAGACACCAACAGACCUUCUGGGAGAACCAGAGACACCAACAGACCUUCUGGGAGAACCAGAGACACCAACAGACCUUCUUGAAGAACCAGAGACACCAACAGACCUUCUUGAAGAACCAGAGACACCAACAGACCUUCUGGGAGAACCAGAGACACCAACAGACCUUCUGGGAGAACCAGUGACACCAACAGACCUUCUUGAAGAACCAGAGACACCAACAGACCUUCUUGAAGAACCAGAGACACCAACAGACCUUCUUGAAGAACCAGUGACACCAACAGACCUUCUUGAAGAACCAGAGACACCAACAGACCUUGAAGAACCAGAGACACCAACAGACCUUCUUGAAGAACCAGAGACACCAACAGACCUUCUUGAAGAACCAGUGACACCAACAGACCUUCUUGAAGAACCAGAGACACCAACAGACCUUCUGGGAGAACCAGAGGCACCAAGAGACCUUCUUGAAGAACCAGAGGCACCAACAGAUCUUCUUGAAGAACCAGAGACACCAACAGACCUUCUUGAAGAACCAGAGACACCAACAGACCUUCUGGAAGAACCAGAGGCACCAAGAGACCUUCUUGAAGAACCAGAGACACCAACAGACCUUCUUGAAGAACCAGAGGCACCAAGAGACCUUCUUGAAGAACCAGAGACACCAACAGACCUUCUUGAAGAACCAGAGACACCAACAGACCUUCUGGGAGAACCAGAGACACCAACAGACCUUCUUGAAGAACCAGAGACACCAACAGACCUUCUGGGAGAACCAGAGACACCAACAGACCUUCUUGAAGAACCAGAGACACCAACAGACCUUCUGGGAGAACCAGAGACACCAACAGACUUUCUUGAAGAACCAGAGACACCAACAGACCUUCUGGGAGAACCAGAGGCACCAACAGAUCUUCUUGAAGAACCAGAGACACCAACAGACCUUCUUGAAGAACCAGAGACACCAACAGACCUUCUGGGAGAACCAGAGGCACCAACAGACCUUCUGGGAGAACCAGAGGCACCAACAGACCUUCUUGAAGAACCAGAGACACCAACAGACCUUCUGGGAGAACCAGAGGCACCAACAGAUCUUCUGGGAGAACCAGAGACUACAAUAGAUCUUCUGGGAGAACCAGAGACACCAACAGACUUUCAGGGAGAACCAGAGACACCAACAGACCUUCUGGGAGAACCAGAGAUACUAACAGACCUUGUGGGAGAACCAGAGACACCAACAGGCCUUCUGGGAGAACCAGAGACACCAACAGACCUUGUGGGAGAACCAGAGACACCAACAGACCUUGUGGGAGAACCAGAGACACCAACAGACCUUCUGGGAGAACCAGAGACACCAACAGACCUUGUGGGAGAACCAGAGACACCAACAGACCUUGUGGGAGAACCAGAGACACCAACAGGCCUUCUGGGAGAACCAGAGACUACAACAGAUCUUCUGGGGGAACCAGAGAUGCCAAUAGACUUUCUUGGAGAACCAGAGACGCCAACAGACCUUCUUGGAGAACCAGAGACACCAACAGAUCAUCUUGGAAAACUAGAGACGCCAACAAAUCUUUUUGGAGGACCAGAAAUACCAAUAGACCUUCUUGGAGAAAAGAAAUAUCGGCAGAACUUUCCAAAGAAUCAGGGAUACCAUCAAAUCUUCUGAAGGAACCAGACAUAUCAACAGAAUCAGAGACAUCAAAGGAUCCUCUGAGAGAAGAACGAAAGGUUAAUCCAGUACUAGAGGCAUUAAUAGAUCCCGUAGGAGGCCCAGAGACAACUAACGCCCUAGGAGAACCCAAAACGCUUUUAAGUGUUCUGGAAGAACCAGAGACAUCCGCAAAUGUUUUGGAAGAUAUCGAGGUGAAACAAGCAAAAACUAAUGGAGUUACAGUUUCGACAAGUCUCUUCUCACCAGUCGUGUCUCUCAAUCCAGCGGGAAGUACGACAUCCUGCUUUGCCAUUCCCGGACUUGUAAUUCGUCCUCCCACCUCAGAGAGCGAACAGCAGGAUUCUGACGAAAUAGCUACCGCCACCACCACCUCAGAGAGCGAUGAAGUGGCCCUUUAUGACACAAAUGUAGACGCCAAUACGUACGUAUCUCUUCAGGAUGACGUAGCGUUAGAGUUUCUUUCUAAUCAACGUGUUACUGUGGGAGAUACCAAAGAGGAAGCAUCCGAGACUAAGGAACUAGAGCUCAAUAUCCCAACACUUAAACCGCCUUUCUUCCUGGAGGACGAUUCUCAAGACGAACCUGAACUCAUGGCUCUAGAUUACAGCAGCAAUCCAAGUUCAGAGCCUGAGUUAGUCGCACCUUUACCACUCGAUGCCGAGUCUCCCCUCAGUCCCUUUGAUCACUGCGUCGAGAACCUGGAGGAGCAUCGAGGCUCACCCUGGCUCAUGUU